GUUUUGUGGUUGUGCGCCACGCUCCACUUGCUUUUGCCCCACAUGGAUGGGGACGAUGGUUUUGUGGAGCUCCGAAGGUUGAGCGGAGUCGAAAGCCGCCAGGUCCUGCUUGACCGUCGCCUAGUGGAGUUGGAUGCGCAGGUGCAAGCUUUGCAGGAGCAACACUUUGCACAAAGUUUUGCCACAGAGUGUGGCCAUCGCGCGGUAGCACUGGGUGCCCACCGUGCCUUGAAAACGGCCAAAGAAGUCGCAGAGGAGGGAGAGUGGAAGAAGUGUAUGGAGGUCUUGGGAAUCGAUGCGGACAGUGAGAGCAGGAGAACUUCAAGCAGGCUGCAGGAAGAGCUUGUUUCUGUGUCCAGACGAAUCGAGGAACUGGGCGAACGGAUGGAGGUGCACCUUGCCAAUGGCUUUCGCUCAGGUGACACUACCCGUUUGGAGACAAGGCUGUCAUCCCUGGAGCAAGCUCACAGAAAGUUGGCUGUCGGAGCGCAGCGAGCACUUCGGAUGGCACUAUCAGUCCAAGAGAGACAGGAUGGUUUGGAGGUAGCGGAGGAGUUUGAGCGCUGCUUCUCCAGCUCCUCUUUGAAUGACGACGUAGGGCGGCCGGACCUCUCUGAACGUCGCCUUGAGGAGCAGGAUCAGCGCUUGGAGCAGAUCCUCACUAUUGUGGAUGCUCUGGCGGAUCGCGUGAGUGACACUGGAGCCUCUGUGCAGGCCCUAGCUGAAGGGAAAUCCAGCGAUCCAUCGUCAGUGAUCCACGAAGAACUGCGAGAUAAGGUGGAAGAACUGGAGGGCAAUCUCUAUGGACUUGCUGCACAGGUACAGUCGCAAGUGGACCACAAAGGUCGUGUGGCUACUCUGCGGCUCAUGGAUCAGCAACAGGAGAAGCAUCAUGUGCGCUCUUUGGAGCAUUUGGAGUUGGCCCUGCAGGCGUUGGACACACGUCUGGAGCGCAGCCUAACGGAGGUGGCCCAAAAGCUCCAUGUUAUGCAGGAUGCUGAAGACGAGCAGCAGGUUGCGCUCAGGCACCUGGCACAACAACUUCCAGAGGUCUCGAAAAGAUUGGACCAGCUGUGGGCACAGUGCCAGCUGUACUUUCCCAGGCUCCAAGAGCAAGAGGUGCAUUUCGGCUUUUUUCGUGCCAGCUUCGAGGCGCACAAGCAGCAAAUGCUCGACCUCUCUGAGGGUCUGGAGCGCAAAAGUCUCUCGUCGAGCUGGCGUGAAAAGCGGCCCGAGGCCGACAAGUGCACUGUUGCUGCAAUUGAGAACCCACAGUGAGUCUUUUCGUGUUUCCAGAGGUGAUUGUUAUUUGUUUGUUCCUGCUACUCUGAC